GCAUGGAGAAAAUUCUCAAAAUCCUAAUCAUCUUGGCAUUCCUAUCUUUACUAGUCGACGCCGCCGUAUCCACCCCAGCCUCCCCUGAGGAGAGGUCCAAUUUCUGGUCGAAGAUCACCAAAAUCACAAGCAAGACGUCCAACGUCAAGAUCCCGAACCCGAAGGAAAUCAAAAAGUUCUUAGACAAGGCCAAGGCCAAAUCCCAACUCCCCGGGAUAACAAAAAACAAAAACAUCAAGCAAGCCGUGCGACCCUGGUUCCGGCAGCAGCAGCAGUCGCGGAGGCCCGGGAGAGUGAGCGCCUUCGACGACUGCAUCGUGAUGACUCUCGACUCGAUAGACCAGAUCAAGUCCAGCGUGGAGAUAUUCGAGGGCGUGGAAUGGUCCAAGGACGGCAUCUCAUCCCUGAACGCGACACAGAAGGUGCAGCUCAAUAACCUCCUCAGCGCCGUCCAGACCAACGUGGCCACCUGCCUCGACGGCUUCUCCCACAGCCGCGCAGAAAAGAAGACCCAGGCGGAAAUCCUCAAGGCCGACCUGAUGUUGUUGCACCGUGAAGCCGGCUUGUUGCUGUCGUUGGCGGAUGAAAUGGGGGGUAAGGACGCGAAGGAGGUGACCAAGGAGGUGAAGAGGAGGAGGGGGGAGGAGUGGCCGGAGUGGCUGUCGGCUGAUGAUAGGAAGCUGCUGCAGGAGGAGGAGGUGGAGGCGGACGUGACGGUGGCGAAGAACGGGCCUGCGGACUACAGGACGGUGGCGGAGGCGGUGGCGGAGGCGCCGGAGGGGAGUAGUAAGAGGUAUGUGAUUAGGAUAAAGGCGGGGAGAUAUAUGGAGAAUGUGGAGAUACCCAAGGAGAAGAAGAACUUGACGUUCGUAGGAGAUGGCUACGACAAAACUUUUAUCAUCGCCGGCAAGAACGUCAUCGACGGCAACACCACCUUCAAUUCCGCCACCGUAGGGGUUGCCGGAGACGGUUUUCUCGCCCGUGACAUCACAUUCCAAAACAGGGCGGGGCCAUCGAAGCUACACGCCGUGGCCCUCCGCGUGAACGCGGACUCCUCCGCCUUCUACCGCUGCCGCAUGGCCGGCUACCAGAACACCCUCUACGUCCACUCCUUCCGCCAGUUCUACAAACAGUGUGUCAUCGUUGGCACAGUCGACUUCAUCUUCGGCAACGCCGCCGUCGUCUUCCAUAGCUGCCGCAUCGUAGCCCUCCGCCCCGAACCAAACCAAAAUUACACGAUCACCGCCCAGCGCCGCAGCGACGCCAAGCAGAAAACCGGCAUCGUCAUCCAUAACUGCGUCAUCGCCGCCACACCAGACGCCGAGGGAAAAUCUUCAACGUACCUCGGGCGGCCCUGGGGGAAGUACUCGAGGACCGUCGUGAUAGGGACUAAUAUCAGCAGUGGGAUACAUCCUGCUGGUUGGUCUGAGUGGGAUGGGAAGUUUGCUCUUGAUACUCUUUUCUAUGCUGAGUAUAACAACACGGGUGCCGGGGCGGAGACGAAGGGAAGGGUGAACUGGAAAGGGAUUCGGAAGCUGAAAGAGGUGGAAGCGCAGGAAAUUUCAUCGCCGAUGGGAUUUAGCUGAAGGGGAUGACUUUUCCCUUCUCCUCUUGGCCUCUCAUUCUCAUGUUUCUGUAUUUUUCAUAUUUGUUGUUUCUUUACUGUUUUGUUUCCAUUGCUGUUUGUGUUAUAGUGGGGAUGUUUCUAAUUCCUUUACAUUUAAGAGAAUUGAGUAUGACAUUUAAAAAGCGAA